AUGACUUGUGUCUCCCUCCUGAGCCUGCAAUACAAGGGCAGCGUGUGGGGCAGGAGUGUGGUGGAGAUGGCUCAUAUCCCCGUCUAUCUGAGCCCAGCCGUGCUGGUUCUGUUCAGCUGUGACCUCUGCUUGGUGAGAGCAAAUCGACCUCCUUCUCCGGUCAACGUCACUGUCACACAGCUGAAGGCCAACUCCGCCACCGUCUCGUGGGAUGUCCCCGAGGGUGACAUUAUCAUUGGAUAUGCGAUAUCUCAGCAGGAGGCAGGAUGGCCAGAUCCAUCGGUUUAUAAGGGAAUGAACACAACAAAUCGGGCCUGUGUCUUGUGGGACCUGGAGGAGGACACAGAUUAUAUAAUCCAGGUGCAGUCCAUCGGUUUGUACAGCGAGAGCCAAGCCAGUAAGAGAGUCCAUUUCCGGACCCUGAAAGAGACUGAUCGGCUGCCAUCAAACAGCUCUAACCAAGGAGACAUCACUGUGCAAGGAGUGGACAAGGAGCGGCAGCUAGAAACUGGCGAGAUCAUCAUUAUUGUGGCCGUUCUGCUCAUGUGGGCAGCGGUCAUCGCUCUGUUCUGCCGCCAGUAUGACAUCAUCAAAGACAACGACUCCAAUAAUAACAAGGAAAAGGCCAAACCAUCCUCGGAGCAGAGCACCCCUGAGCGGCAGACGGGAGGGUUGCUGCGAAAGAAGACUCCGUCUGUCAACAUUAUUGAGGUAUAG